CACCCACGGUCACACUCUCCACUGACAAUAUUGGCGUUCCAAAACGGCGACAACAACAAAACACGGCUUUGGUCAUUUUCCUCGACCAACGCGCUUAAACACCAAGUAGCACGUGUGCGAGGCCACUGGCCGGGCCCAAGAUGUCCAACGGGCGGUACGGAAGAUUCGGAGCACUGAUCGGCGUCGCCUGUGUGAGCAGCACGCAUUGCCGCUUUCUGAUUUACUCAACUAAAAACGCGGAGGUACUGGCCUAUCAUGAGCUUAAGCUGCGCCAGAUUGUCCACCAGGCGGGCUGGAUGGAGUACGACCCGGUCGAAAUAUGGAGAAAUACGCAGGAGUGUAUUGAGACUGCCUACAAGAAUCUAGUGAUACUGGAAAUCAAUCCGCAUGACAUCAUCGCCAUGGGCAUCGUAAAUCAGAGGGGCACUUCCGUGUUGUGGAACAAGCAGACGGGCCAGCCGCUUUACAAUGCCAUCGGCUGGUCCGAUUGCAGAAGCACUUCGAUCCUCAAAAGCCUACUCCACAAUGUCCGGCACAAUGUGGACUACGUGCGGUACCGCAGCGGCUUGCCCCUGAGCAGCUGCUUCAGUGCUCUGAAGAUCCGUUGGCUGAAGGAUCACGUUCCUUCCGUGGCCACUGCCCUCGAGGAGAAUAAGGUCCUCUUUGGAACCCUGGACUCUUGGCUGCUGUGGAACCUCACCGGCGGCGUGGAGACGGGCGUUCACUCCACGGACAUCACCAACGCGCACUACACCUCGCUCAUGAACCUAUCCACUCAGCAGUGGGAUCCCAAGCUCUGCCAGUUCUUCAAACUGCCUAUAAACAUACUGCCUCGCAUACGUUCCAAUUCCGAGAUAUUCGGCUACGUGCUGGAGGGUCCGCUGCUGGGCAUUCCCAUAGCGGGCAUGAUGGGGGAGCAGCCGGCCAGUUUGCUGGGCCAGCUCUGCGUGAAGGCUGGUCAGAACGUGUGCACCCUGGACGACAGCUGCUUCGUGCUGCUCAACACGGCCAAAGAGAAACUGGACUCGACCAACGGACUGAUAACGGGCAUAGCGCACAAGCUGGGCGCAAGCGCGGCUACCAAUUACACGCUGGAGGGAGCCAUCUCCAAUGCAGGAUCCACGGUUACCUGGCUGCGUGAGAAACUGCAGAUCAAUACUGAGAUAAAUUCCAACGACAAUGUGGUGGAGUCGCUGAACACGUUUAUCGGCGAGAACUCAAUGAUCUCCUCCUCCUGUUCGUCGUCCAUGCUGAAUGCCGAGUGUGGACUGGCGGCCAAGCGGUCGGAGAUCACGUUCGUGCCAGCCUUUCAUGGCAUGUAUGCACCCUACUGGCGACACGAUGCCAGGGGCAUUAUCCUGGGACUGACCAGCCAAACCACGGCGGAGAACAUCACGCAAGCGGCUUACGAGGCCACCGGAUUUCAAAUCUUCGAGAUCCUGGAGGCCUUCAAGAGGGACACGCCCAACUGGGACCGCUCCUGCAUGCAGCCUGUGCUCACGUUUGGCGGCGACUUCGCCGAGAACUCGCAUCUGGUGCAGUUCAUCGCGGACAUAAUUGGCUACAUGCUGGAGCGGCCCCAGACUACCUCACCAGCAGGUUUGGGCGUAAUGAUAGCCGCAGGCGUGACCAUGAAAGUGGUGUCCCUGCAAUACGCCAUGAAAAUGUACUCCCCUCCCACGGAUGUUUUUUCGCCGACAACCACAAAGAAUCGUCGAGAACUGCUUUACAAGCGGUGGGAUUAUGCGGUUAAGAGAUGCCUGCACUGGAACAACUACGAAACCUACGAGGCCGAUGUCGAGCUGUUUGCCCAAAGAGAACUUGAUCCCAAUUUGCCAGUUCGCCGUUCUAUACCCGGGAGUGUCUUCCUGACCUCGUCGUUUGCCCUGCUUCUGCUGGCCAACUAUUUAAAGAACAAUCCUCUAAUAUAGUAGCAGUCGAGUUCGAAAGCAGCAGGGUUCUAUCUAGUCAACUGAACACCUUUAUCAGUGUGCAUUAAAAUUUAUUGUUUAGUUUAGCAUGUAAUCUUUUAUAGUUGCUUUGAUAUGUAUAUACAAUCCUUAUAGUUUUUUCCUGAGUUGUAGAUAAAAAAAAUUGUGAUUCACUUGUAUACUCCACUCUACAUAUACAUGUUUAAGCUUA